CAAUUUUCCCUUUCCAGGAUCUCUUGGUGCGGACUAAAAGAGUAUGGGUUCUGUCUACAUUUGAACUUUACGAAGAACUGAAUGUGACUUACCCUUACUUUCUUGCAAGGAUGUACAAUAACAAGGUAGAAGGGAAAGAAUUCAGGUUUGAGAUAAGCGGAGAAGCAGUGGAUCUGGGAUAUUUGACCAUUAAUGAAACAUCUGGAGACGUUUAUGUCAACAAACGUAUUGACAGAGAGAUAAUAAAUGUCCCCUUUUUCCAUGUCGUCUUUGAUGUGUACGACACAGAGACCGCCCAAAAAAUUGACAAGGAACUAGCGUUUAAUGUGGUAAUAAAGGACAUCAAUGACAAUCCCCCAAAGUUUACCGAAAUUCCUGAGGCUGUUACUGUGGAUGAAAACCAAGAGGAAGGCUUACUGGAGGUGCAAGUGAUUGCUCAAGACAUGGAUGAAAGAAAUACAAUAAAUUCCAGAUUUAACAUCAGUGUGAUUGCACAGCAUCCACCAGAGCCUAAGAUUCAGACCAAAUGGAUUGAUGAAAGAAUUGUGCAUCUUAACUUUACUGGAUGUUUUAACUAUGAAAAAGAAAACAAGUACAGUGUUACUCUUCAAGCAAAGGAUCAUGGAGACCCUCCAUUGUCCUCCACUGCUGAGAUUACGAUAAAUAUUGUUGACAGAAACACAAAUAUGCCAGUGUUCAAGGAGAGAGAGUACCAAACUAAAGCCUCAGAAAUGGAGACCCAUGAUGACCUUCUGAGAUUGGCAGUAGAGGACAAAGACACUCCCAACACUGAUGGAUGGCGUGCAAAGUACUUCUUCAUCAGCGGGAAUGAGGAAGACAUCUUUAAGCUUGAAACAGACCCAAUAACAAAUGAGGGUAUUUUGAGCAUCAUUAAGGAAAAGAAUUAUGAAAAAAACAGUUGGGUCGACUUGCAGGUUGGGGUAGAAAACAUUGAACCCUUUUCUAAGUGUGAAAACGGGAAAUUGAUUAAACAGGGAAGCAAACUUUAUCCUCCAGACUCAGUCAGUGUCAAAGUUCUAAUGGUUGAUAGCAAUGACCCACCAGAGUUUCAGAAAACUAAAGUAGAUUUGUUUGAGAAAGAAGAGUCUGAACCAGGAAAGGUUCUCUUCACCCCAGAGGUUCAUGAUCCAGACUCUACUUCCUUCAGGUUUGUACUUGUAGAAGAUCCAGCUAACUGGGUUUCUGUUGAUGAAAAAACUGGAGAAAUUAGAGCAACUAAGAAGAUGGACAGAGAAUCACCCUUCGUGGAUGCUGACAAUGUUUACAAAGUCGUCAUUGCUGCCAUAGAUGAUGGUGAUCCUCCAGCCUCAAGUUCUUGCACCAUCAGUAUCCACCUGAGGGACACCAAUGACCACAAGCCACAGCUGGUCAACAACAGCAUCAUCAUGUGUGGAAAUAUGAGCAAUAAAAUGAUGCUUUCUGUGAUUGACUUGGAUGCUGAUCCAUAUAGUGGACCAUUUCAUUUCUCACUUGAUAAUGAUGACAAUAAAAAGCAAUGGAAACUAGAUCCAUAUUAUGGUCAGCAAGGUGGCCUUAUCAACCUGAAACCACUUUCCUAUGGAAACUAUUCUAUAUCACUGGUGAUUGAAGACCAGCAGAACAAUAUUGGACGUGAGACACUGGAAGUGGUUGUGUGUGACUGUGAGAAUAAUACAUGUCAUGUAAAAAAGGCACUUUCAUUUCACCUUGGAGUACCUGCCAUAUACUCAAUGAUUGCUGGACUACUUUUGUUUUUAAUCUUACUUAUCGGGUUCUCAUGCAGUUGCAAAAAACAUCAGUUUGAACAAACGGAAGAUAAAGGAUACCAGACACUUGUGAAAUACAAUAGAGAAGGACACCUCCUUAAACCUAUAGCUCCGACUGAAUUAACUGGACCUAAUGCCAUCAACCAGACCAACAAUACAGUGAAGUCUGCAACGUCUUCAGGACGUUCCCUCAACAAGAAAACGUACAGCUCAGGAGCGUACAGCAUGGGGACUUCAGACUCGUUGAAGGAAUCUAUGGUUAAAAACAAAACUGAAAUGAGCAUAAACAAACCAAACCUCGGUGGAAGUCAUGUGAGUCGUUCCAUGAACCAAUCAGAGCAGGAUCCUUUUUCAAGAGUACAGUCAAAUAUUCCUCUUCCUGAUCAAAUUAAAAAGAUGACGAGCGGAAACACCCAUCCUAGACCAAACCUCGGUGGAAGUCAUGCGAGUCGUUCCAUGAGGUCUGAGAUGCCUUCGGAAUUCUACCACAAUAAUGAUACGUACCGCUCAGAACACAACAUGAACAAAUCAAUAGACCAUUAUUCAAGUGUACAUUCAGAUCUUCAGUCCGAUUAUAAUCUUUCAGCACAAGUUAAAAGGGAAAUCGCUGCAAUUCUUGAACCUGAUAAAGUUGAUUAACCCUUCAGCUAUAACUUUUGAAGAGGGCGGCAGUUAGUUCAGGUCACUGGACAAGCUUUCACUCAGCAACUUGGAGGAUGAUUUGCUGUUUCUGAAUGAUCCAGGACCAAAGUUCAAUACCGUGGCAGACAUUUGUCGAGGACCCUUCAAGCCCAAAAACACAGUCAGUAACUGAAACAGUCUUGAUGGAUCACAUUCAUUACAUUUUCAAACACUGGUACACAACAUCUACUGUUGAAUGCAACAGAUUUUGAAACAUGGCAACACCCAAAAUCAAGUUGUCAGAAGUACGAGCUCUGUCUCCCCCUCUGAUCACCGGAGGGAACUGUCUCCAGAGUUUUAACUACACUACAACUCCCAGCAACCCCCAGCACACAGUUCCUGGAUGCCACACACCUGACUCUCAUUCUUUCAUCAACCACAGUAUUCUUAAGCUUUCCACGGAGUGAAGCUCAGUGCAAAGUGUUGUCUGUGCCACUCUGCAUCCCUUACUGAGUGUUAUAGUUUGCCCGUUUGCCUGCCCCCUGCCCCCUGCCCC